AUGAACAUCACACACGUUCCAGAGAUACACAGAACUGACAAGCAACACACCGAAAACCUGCGACACUGGAGGAAGAUCCUCGGCAUUGCUCCAUUCGUCUCAAUUGUAUUCCCUGCCAUCAUGUACUUCAUCUCCGACGAAGACAGUUUUAAAAAGAGUCUUCUCCUCAGGUUCAUCACAAUACUCCUCCCCUUUUCAUACUCAGCGGUACAGUAUGCCAUACUACUCCACACCACACCAUACUACACCCUCAAUCUCCUAUUUCUUGCAUUCGCCGCCAUCUCCAUCCUUUCAAUCACUGCACUCCCCAUCAAUGAAUGGAAAGGUGAUGAUUCACUCAUCUUUUCUAUCGUCCUUCCCUCUCUCUUCAUCCCACCCACCUAUCUCCUCUCCACCUCCUGCCGCCUUGUUCCAGGACAAACCGCCUUCACAGAUACUGGCAUCAACGUCCUUAUCGACAUCCUGAUCCUACUAUGCCCUCUAGUAAGUCUUGUGCUCGUAUGUAAAGAACCCGAGUACCGUCUUCUCUCUGCAGUCCCAUUCCCCAUACUCAUCCUGGCACGGUUGCUCAACGACAGGUAUUGCCCAUCCGAAAAGAGUGCUCCGCCUACUGCCCCAUGGAGAGUCGCCAUCCUUGUCCUCAUCCUCACCUCUGCUGCUCUUAUCUACGCAUUCAUGAUGUGGACACCCAUUGCCAUCCUAAAUGGUUACUUUGGCUUACUUCACAAGCUAAGAGAGUCUUUCCUUUCACUAAGGCCUGAUUAA